AUGGUGAACGGAGGUUUUUAUGGAGAUAUUUAUUGGGUGUUUGAUGAUGAUGGUAGUUCUGAUAAAUACAUAGAUUCUAAUACUUUUAUUGUCACUCAAAAAGAAAGCAACAUUAAUAAUCUUAAUUAUGGAGGCCGUUCAUACAUGUGCGUGGAUACUGGUGAAGCACCUCGUGAUGAUGAAUUUAAUACACCUGAUACUUCUUCAGAUAACUGA